GCCAUCUGUCAGUGUUCAUCAAUGCCAGUUGUCAGUGCCCAUCAAUGCCACCUCCCAGUGCCAUCAGUGCCACAUCAAUGCCACCUGCCAGUGACUACCAGUGCACAUCAAUGCCACAUAUCAAUGCCCAUCUGAGCUGCCUUUCAGUGUCACCUAUCAAUGCCAGUCAGUGCCACCUAUCAAUGCCAAGCAGUGCCACCUAUCAGUGCCAUGCCCAUCAGUGCCACCUAUCAGUGCCCAUCAGUGCAGCCUAUCAGUGCUUAUCACUGCAGCCUCAUUAACGCACAUCAGUGAAGGAGAAAAAUCACUUAUUUACAAAAUGUUAUAA